AGUUCAAAUGUGUUUAUUCUGGUAAAUAAUUUAGCCUUUUUAAGUGAAUAUUUAAAGUAUAAUAUGGUUUUGUCCAAAUUUUUUAAUAAGUUAUUCAUAGAUAUUCCACAUCAAAACUACAAUUGAAUUCAAAAUAGGAGUUCCAGCUUUGAAUUUUACAAAUAGAAUCGGCUAUAUUUUGAGGAUAUAGGUAAUGAUGGCUUACAGAAACUUACCAAAACGAGUAUUUGGAAAUGCAUUUCUGCAGUUGAAGCAGCAUAGACUCAUACCAAAUGUGAAGAGUGAAAUUAUACAUUUCCAGCCAAGUGUCAAGUCUCUGCACUCCAAUUCUGAUAGAAUCAACAAUAAAUUAACUACACCUGGAGCGUCGUACGACAUUUUAAUACAAAAUCUUCGUUCAGCUACUGAUAGCUCGGACAUCCUGUACAAUGUGCAACAGCAUCAUGCAAUUAUGAAUGAAGACCAUGUCAUGCAGGCGGUCAACUCUAUAUUCACUCUACAGAAAUCGAAUAACUCCCAAAUGACCAACAAAGACGUGGUGAGAAACAAAAACUUCAACCUUCUCUGCAAAGUGCUACUGAGCAAAGUCAGAUACCUGCAGCUCAACGAUCACCUCAACGCGCUGAAAACAUUCUCGUUCAUCGGUCUGCCAGCCACCACUAAAAUCACCCAAGUGCUCCUCCAGCUAGUCGCCAAACAAGUGAACAACCUGUCGCUGACACAAAUCGUGUUCGUCGACUUUAUAAUCAAAGACUGCGAAACCUGUCCAUUGGUGGAUGCUCUCCUGAUCGCGUUGCCGAUCGUGUUCGAGGUUCGUUGUUCGCAGCAGUUGCGCGAAUUGGACGUUCGGCAAGCGACCGAUCUUUUCAUGUACGCCGUCAGAAAACGACUAGCCGACGAAUGCGUCGACUCGUUUGUCGUGUUUUUCAACGAGCGAAUCGAAGAUCUGGAUUUGGACGUUUGUAGGAUCAUCGUGAAAGGUUUGACUGAAAUUAAGAUCGACAGUUUUCCGCGACGUAACCUGUUGCAGGUGUGUUUGGAUACGAUUAUCGAUCACGCAAAUCACAUGAAUUUCUUCGAUUUGAACUUUAUUCUGACGCGGUUGACGUUGGGGUACCGGGCUAACAAACAGUUUUAUCAUGAGGAGUACAUCAACUGUUGUGCUAAGUUUGUGAUUGAUAACAGGUGUGACAUAGAACACGCGACAUUGGUGCUAAGGACGUGUAACCGAUUUAUUCAUCUUCAUAAAGGAAUAAUCGAUUAUGUCAAUGAGAAAGUGCUGGAAGACCCGAGUCAGUUGGAGAGAUGGUCUGUGGGCAUGCUGCUCACUUUCAUCGAGAGUAUGGCGAUAGCCGAUUACCGACCUGAAGGCUUUGACACCUACAAAGAAACUCUAAUUCAAUCGAUGAAUAAAUUCACCAAUAAAAUAGAGAUUCCAUGGUUUAAAACAGCGUUGAACUUGUGUGCCCUGGAUUGUUGGCCCACAGAAUUCUUCAAUCAAAUAUUCGAGGAGGGGUUCCUGAGAAGAUUUUUAAAGAGAGAUUUCGGAGUGGAUGGUAUCGAAGUGCUAGAGCUCUACCAAGCCGUCUCCACACUUUGCCCGAGUUACAGCGGCAAUUUGCCCACAGCUGACAUGUUGGACCUGCUGAUUGCUGCCCAGAAAGAGCGGCACAAAGAUGUUGACCUGCCUCUGUUGGGCGCCCUGCAGACGGCACUGUCGGGGCGGUCCUAUGUGUGCUCGUCGGUGUAUUCCAGGCUGGGGCAUUUCGUUGAUCAUGUAGUAGUAAUGCGUAAAGGUGGAUAUGCCGCUGCCAUCAACUUUGCAGAUGAAUUAUCAAAAACGGGAUCAAAACCAGAUGAAAUGAAACUGGAAGACUUAGCUACUCGCAUACCGGAAGAUAGCAAUAUAAUCGCCAUACUGUAUCUGGGACCCACCAGCUACACAGUGAACACAGAGCGAGUGAAAGGCCAAGAGAAUGUGAAAAUGAGAGUGCUGGAAGCGAUGGGAUAUUCUGUCGUUCCAGUCACGCAGUCUAUCUGGAAUAACCUCUUGGACGGCGAGAAAAUACCCUACCUCAUGCAACAAUUGAAAAACAAAAGUAGUCACUCUGAAAUAACGGAGGCGGCAGUGGUGUGACAAGGAUCUGUUUAGUGUGUUGUAAUUUUGUAAAUAAAUAUUAUUUUAUAGUUACCUAGUGACAA